AUGGAGUGCAGGGGAGAGUCGGCCUCUGGUCUCAGCGUUCUGAUGCUGCCCUGGCUGGCGCACGGCCAUAUCUCCCCUUUUCUAGAGCUCGGGAGGCGUCUCUCUUCCAGAGGCUUCCGCGUCCACCUCUGCUCCACCCCCGCAAACCUUGCCUCUGUCCGGCUCGAGGACGGCGCCGGCGUGGAGCUCGUGGAGCUUCACCUUCCCGACGACCUCCCGGAGCUCCCACCUCACCUUCACACCACCAGGAACCUCCCUCCUCACCUGAUGCCCAACCUCAAAACCGCCUUCGACCUCGCUGAGCCGGCCUUUUGCGGCCUUCUCGACUCCCUCCGCCCCAGCGUCGUCGUCUACGACUUCCUACAGCCCUGGGCCCCCGCCGCCGCCGCCACACGUAACAUCCCUGCCGUGCUCUUUCUCUCGGUGGGGGGCGCCGCGUACGCCUUUCUGAGCCACCUCGCAGCGAAGCCCGCAGAGGAGUUUCCCUUCCCAUCGAUGCGUUUCGACGACGAUGACGACGUCGCCCGUAUCCGCCGCAUGCUCCACCCCGUCCCAGAUCGCCCCUCCAAUGGAGACAGAGCGGCGCAGUGUAGCGAGCUGUCGUCCAGUUUCGUCCUUAUCAAGACCUCCCGAGAAAUCGAAGGGAAGUACAUAGACUACGUCAGCCUGCUCAAGGGAAAGGAACACGUCCUCGUAGGACCCCUCGUCUGGGAACCCCGCCGUCACCUCGGAGACGACCACCGGUGGCACCGCUUCUCUGCAUGGCUCGACCACAAGCCACAGUCCUCCGUCGCAUUCGUCUCCUUCGGCAGCGAGUACUUCAUGUCCAAGAAGGAAACCACAGAGGUCGCCCGCGGGCUGGAGCUCAGUGGAGUCGGCUUCAUAUGGGUCCUCAGAUUCCCCAAAGGGGAGGAGGUUCCACUCGAGAACGCCCUCCCGGAGGGCUUCCUGAGGAGGAACUCGGGGAGGGGAAUAGUUGUCGAGGACUGGGCGCCGCAGGGGGGAAUCCUGGCCCACGCCGCUGUCGGCGCCUUCGUCACACACUGCGGUUGGAGCUCGGUGAUGGAGGCUCUGCGAUGGGGAGUGCCCAUGGUGGCCGCCCCGCUGCAUCUCGACCAGCCGCUGAACGCCAAGGUCGUCGCGGAGCUCGAUGUGGGCGUGGAGGUGAGACGGGCCGCCGGCGACAAGGAGAGGAGGUACGGGGGCGAGGAGUUGGCAUGGGCUCUUAGGAGCGCCAUGUCGGGGGAGGGGAGCGAGGGGAUGAGGAGGAGGGCCAGGGAGAUGGGCGAGGUACUCCGCCGGAGAGGAGACCACGACGUGGACAUCGCAGCGGCGAAGUUGGCUGGGCUCUGCAGCGCCGCCACUGCCAAAGUAAGAAGAGAGUCCAUGUGA